GAAGAGCCCUGCUGAGUUUCAAGAUAUAAAAGCAACUUCGGGUCCCCCCUUUCAAGACCAGACAAAUUAAAGACUCAGAGUGAAAACAGCUCCGGAGCUUUCUCUUUCCCUUCCUCCUCCUCUUCCUCCUUUCUCUCCUCAUCCUCUCUCCCUCCUUCACUCCCUCUUUCCCUCCCCACUUCCCUCCCCCAGCUCACAGUCCAGCCUCUGUGUUUCCAGAGGAGGCUUAGCACCAGCCUUAGAUGAUUAUGGAUUUUCUGAGCGAGAAGUUUGCCCUGAAAAACCAGCCGAGUAAAAACAGUGACUUUUACAUGGGAGCAGGAGGCACUUUGGAGCACGUUAUGGAAACUUUAGACAAUGAGACCUUUUACAGCAAAACCUCCGCCAGCAAAUGUGUGCAGGCCUUCAAUCCUCUCCAAAGGGCAGAGCAUCAUGUGAGACUGGACAGGACAUCUCCCUGUCAGGAGAAUAAUGUGAACUAUGGGAUUACUAAAGUCGAAGGACAGCCUCUUCACACAGAGCUAAAUAGAGCCAUGGACAACUGUAACAGCCUCAGGAUGUCUCCAGUCAAAGGGAUGCAGGAAAAGGGAGAACUGGAUGAACUUGGUGAUAAAUGUGACAGCAAUGUGUCCAGCAGCAAGAAGAGGAGACAUAGAACCACCUUUACCAGUUUGCAGCUGGAAGAGCUGGAAAAAGUCUUCCAGAAAACACAUUAUCCUGAUGUGUAUGUCAGAGAACAGCUUGCUCUGAGGACAGAGCUGACUGAGGCCAGAGUCCAGGUUUGGUUUCAAAAUCGAAGAGCUAAAUGGCGAAAAAGAGAACGUUAUGGCCAAAUACAACAAGCUAAAAGCCAUUUUGCUGCCACCUAUGAUAUAUCUGUCUUACCACGGACUGACAGCUACCCACAGAUUCAAAACAAUAUGUGGGCAGGAAAUGCAACGGGUGGCUCUGUGGUGACCUCCUGCAUGUUGCCACGUGAUACUUCCUCCUGCAUGACACCAUAUUCUCACUCGCCUCGGACAGAUUCCGGUUACACGGGAUUUUCAAAUCACCAGAACCAGUUUGGCCAUGUUCCCCUCAACAAUUUUUUCACUGACUCUCUCCUCUCUGGGGCCACCAAUGGACAUGCAUUCGAAACAAAGCCAGAAUUUGAAAGGAGGUCUUCCAGCAUUGCCGUCCUUCGAAUGAAGGCCAAAGAGCACACCGCCAAUAUUUCAUGGGCCAUGUAAUAUACAGUACACCUUUAUUUUUCUUUUCAUAGCAAAGCAAAAAAAAAAAAUCCAUUCUUCUUUCUCAUAUUUAAAGGAUGCAACAGUAAGCUGCUGUGUGGGGGGAGAUUGUGAAAGGUCAGGCUAGACGGGGAGGCCAGCUUACAAUGAAUACUAAUAUUAUUUAACAAUAAAAUCUAAGAAUGAAUCUGUAGAGGGACUAAAUCGGUUUACCAUGCACAGAUCUCAACCAACCCUGUUUAGUGGUAAAGCCUUUUCUAUUGUACCAGUCGAUGAAAUAUGAUCAUAAAACCUGCUAAAAGAAUAAAUGUAUUAAACAAAUACCUUUGCUAGAGAUUGAUUUAUGUGACUGCUUCAUACCAAGGAAUUCCCUAUAAAUUAAUACCUGAUCAGGAGGAGGAAAUCCACUGGGGAAAAUUUCAGUGUAGCAAGUAAAUACUGAAGUAAGGUGUUUGGGGAACUGAGUACAUGUCUCCUUUCCUGGUUCCACAUCCCAGUGGGCAUAACUCCUCCUUGCUGGCACUUUGAUAUUCAGAUUUUCAAAGAGGCUUUUAGAUCUCUCUGUUUUAGGACCUUUCUACUGUAUGAAGAAUUACUACUCAAAAAUGAGCAACAUUUGAGAUUUGGGGUCAGCUGUAUGAACCUAUGCGGUCAAGGGUGAUAACUGAAAUAUGCUGGUACUGAAUUCAUAUACAAUUUAAAGGCUAAUUUUUCUAAAUGCCAUCUUUCUGUGGACCUAGUGGUUGGAUUACUUCAAAUAGAGAAAAAAAAAGCCUACCUGAUUAGGGAUUUCAAAUAAAUAAAUAGCACAAAUGAGAAAAUCAACCUUUUUUAUUAAAGUGGUUUAUAGUCAAUGCCCUGUGUCUAGUUAAUGGAAUAUAUGUAUACAUAUACGAAUGUAUGUAUAUAUGCACAUAUUUGCACACGUAUAUACAUACAUAUCUGUAUGUUUCCUCUUGGAUUUCUCCUACCUUUGGCCCGUAAGCCACCAUUCUUUCACAUAAGGAAUGAAAAUGUCCAAAAAGACUUACUCGAAUUCCUGUUGGGGGAAAAAAAAGGAAGAAAAAUAACUUUGCAUCUGGAAAAUUGCUAACUCCUUUGAUUUACUUCUCCUCCCUUUCCCCUGUCACAUUCCAAGCUCCUUCAGAUGAGUGAAAUGUCAGCCUCCUUGAAAGUAACAGUCUCCCAAGUUCAUAAAGGCAAAGUAAAUUAAUUGAAGAGGACUUCGGUGGCUGUGAUUAGCACAGGAUACAGCUUUCUGUGU